GGGGUGGGCUUUGAAGCUUCUGCUACCCAACCACUUUCUCCUCAGCUGUUCUGCUCUGCUCAUCACUGCUGCCGCCAUUAAUGCACCUUGUUAUUUGUUUUCUUCUUCUUCUUCCUUAUUAUUAACCUGUUCAGUAUUUAAUGCAGUCUUCCUUCCUCCACAUGGAUGUUAGUUGGAUCCAUCAGAAAUAUUUAUUGCUCCUUCCCUCUCUCAAUCAGAAAGCAAUUAAAAUUCCUUUGACAAACAACUUGUUAUUGUUGAGCAUUUUCGGUUGAAGAUUAUUAUUAUUGUAUGCAGGAAUUACUGGUUACCUUGUCGUACUGCAGUUGCUGUGGACGAUUUUGUGAACUGUUGAUGGAUUAGCUAGCUUAGCUAUUUAAUCAAUCAUGGCGGAGGUUGGUUGUUGGUGUUGAAACUUUUGAGAGAUUCUCUCUGAAUAUUGAUUGGGAACUGGAAGCUCAACCAUCAUUGCUGCUGCGCCAUUAAUGGCGUCUGAUUCCUGCAAUUAUGAUUUUCCAACAGUAUUUCGCAUCAAUUUAAUCAUGAAUGUGAUGUUGAUGUACCGAGUUUAGUGGCUAGAUUAAUUUCUGUAUAUAUAGAUAUAUAUGUUUGUGUUUGAUUCUAAUCUGGAAGUGAAGUGAAGAAAUAGCAGAGGUUAUGGUUAUGGAAGGUAGGGAGAUCAAAUCACCUGAAGUUCUGCCGGAGACGCCUCUCGGCGUCGGAGAUUGUCACCGGAGGAAGAGGCUGGGGAUGUACUUUCUCGAGUCCGACGACCGGAGGACGGCGCUCGGCGGAGGAUACACCGGCGGUGGAUCGACGCCGGUGAACAUCCAUGGAAAGCCUCUCUCGGAGCUCCAAAUUAACAAAACCGGCGGCUGGAUUGCUGCAUUCUUCAUCUUCGGUAAUGAAAUGGCGGAGAGAAUGGCUUACUUCGGUUUGUCGGUGAACAUGGUGGCGUUCAUGUUCUACGUGAUGCACCGGCCGUUCGAGAGCUCGGCGAACGCCGUCAACAACUUCCUCGGAAUCUCUCAGGCUUCGUCGGUGCUCGGCGGCUUCCUCGCCGACGCCUAUCUCGGAAGGUACUGGACGAUCGCCAUUUUCACAACAAUCUACCUUCUGGGGCUAGCAGGGAUAACUCUGUGCGCAACAAUGGCGGUUCUGACGCCGAGCCAGGAAAACUGCGACCAAAUCGCGCUUCUAUUAGGCAACUGCACGGCGGCGGAGCCAUGGCAGAUGCUGUACCUCUACGCGGCGCUGUACGUCACCGGAUUCGGCGCCGCCGGAAUCCGCCCCUGCGUGUCGUCGUUCGGCGCGGAUCAAUUCGACGAGAGGAGCGAGGAUUACAAGGAGCAUUUAGACAGGUUCUUCAAUUUCUUCUACCUGUCGGUGACGGUGGGGGCGAUUGUGGCGUUCACGGCGGUGGUAUAUAUACAGAUGAGUCACGGUUGGGGGUCGGCGUUCGGGUCGCUGGCGAUCGCCAUGGGAAUGUCGAAUUUGGUGUUCUUCGUGGGGACGCCUUUGUAUAGGCACAAGCUGCCCGGGGGCAGCCCGCUGACGCGGGUGGCGCAGGUGGUGGUGGCGGCGUUUAGGAAGAGGAAGGCGGCGUUCGAGAGCAGUGAGAUUGUUGGAUUGUAUGAGGUUCCCGGGAAGAAAUCCGCCAUUAAAGGCAGCAGCAAGAUUGCUCAUACUGAGGAUUUCAGAUGCUUGGACAAGGCGGCGCUAAAACUCAAGGAAGACGGCGUCGACCCGAGCCCGUGGAAGCUUUGUACCGUAACCCAAGUCGAGGAGAUCAAAAUCCUCGUCAAACUCCUCCCGAUCCCAGCGUGCACGAUCAUGCUAAACCUCAUAUUAACCGAGUUCCUCACGCUAUCGGUCCAACAAGCCUACACGAUGAACACGCACAUGGGCCAGCUGAAGCUCCCCGUCACGUGCAUGCCCGUGUUCCCGGGCCUCAGCAUCUUCCUCCUCCUUUCCCUCUACUACUCCGUCUUCGUCCCACUAUCCCGUCGAAUCACGGGCCACCCGCACGGCGCGUCCCAAUUGCAGAGAGUGGGGAUCGGUCUAGCCGUGUCGAUCGUGUCCGUCGCGUGGGCUGGGAUUUUCGAAAAAUAUCGACGGCAAUACGCCGUCAAGCACGGGUAUGAGGCGAGUUUCUUGACCCCGAUGCCGGAUUUGAGCGCGUACUGGUUGCUGAUACAGUAUUGUCUUAUUGGGAUAGCGGAGGUCUUUUGUAUCGUCGGUUUGCUCGAAUUUUUGUACGAGGAGGCGCCCGAUGCUAUGAGAAGUAUCGGGUCGGCUUACGCCGCCGUCGCCGGCGGUUUGGGGUGCUUUGCGGCGACGAUACUUAAUAAUAUCGUGAAAUCCGUGACAGAGAAUCCCGCCGAGAGACGGCCGUCGUGGCUGUCGCAGAAUAUUAACACCGGCCGGUUCGACUACUUCUAUUGGCUUCUUACGGUGUUGAGUGUUCUUAACUUUUGUGCGUUCUUGUAUGCGGCGCAUAAAUAUCAGUACCGGGAGAAGGAGGUUUCGGGGAAAAAGGUAGAACAAAAUUUGUAACUACGGAAAAACGUACAUUGGGUUCGUGAAUUUUUAUGUGCUCGGCGAGAAACGCCGGAGCGUAAUGGCUGGGGGAGAGAUUUCUGGGACGUUUAGUCGAAUAGAGAGACUUACACACACUCUUUAAUUUUAUACAUGGAUUGAUUGUUUGUUGGUGGAUAUUAUCACUUGUUAUGUUUAAACUUUGUUGUUGAAUUAAACAAUUGAGUGCAUUGUAAGGGUGUAUUUUUUGGAAAUUGAAUUUAGUUUUUUUAUA